CUUGUGCUUUCUUUUGUGACUUUUGUUGUGUUUUGUUUGUUGUGUUUGUGAAUUGUGGUAGUGGUAGUGCGAUUUAAUUAUUAGUUUGUACAAAACCUUGAGGUACAAAAUAAGUCACCGCAAAACAAAAGAACCUUGUUGAACCUGUUGUUUUUCCAUCCCAACAAUCGUUGCUUUGAAAUUAUAUAUCUCAACAAACCUUUCACUUUUUGGUAAACAACCUACAACCUCAAGCAUAACCUAUAAUAAUUAUCAAGUAAAUUAUGUCCUUGCUGCCUAAAGUUUACCAGAGAAAUUUCUCUUUCCAGCAAACCCCUCCUGCUCCUCCAAACAGUCCCAACUAUUUCCAACUAGAAACCCUUCCCACCAAAAAUAUGGUUGUCGAAAGGGAAAUGGAACGAUCUAAAUACACUUACCCCAUGAAAAUGACCAACCCGUAUGAACGUGACAAUUGGACAGUGUCCACGGACCAUUGCUAUGCGAGACCUUGGGAUUGGAGGCCCCAGUCUUCAUUUUUAAAACCUUCAAAGGUUCUUUUUGCGUCCAAGACUAUUUCAAAGCCAUUAUUUUCCACUAGUGGUUCUCCGAGUAGAGCUGAUGAAAUUGAUGUAGUGACUUGCGAGACUUCAUCUGGGCCUAUUUACGAUGUCGAGAAGGCUUUAAGUUUGAUGAAAGAAUGUGAGAAACGUGCUACUUUGGCUAAGCCGAGAGUUGAUGAGAAUUGGGAAGGAAGAGUAAAUAAGAUAAAUUGGACUAAAGAGAAACACAAACUCUUUAAUGGUUUUGUCGAUAUUUUGAAUAGUUUUUGUUUGGGGAAAUUGGCAUAUUCUGGCAGAAAAAAUGAGCCUGUAUUACGUAGGACUCUAAUCGAUAAAGCAGUCCAAAGAGUCAGACGAUUAUUUGCCAGCAUUUUUUAUGAUGUAAAACUUAUUCAGUGGUUGCAUCUGUUGUUUCUGGAUUGUUUGGAUCAGCCGUCUAUGGCAUUGUAUUUGGAUAUUUUACAGACUCUCAGAUCAAAAAUCCCCAGGAUUUUCGAUAAAAUGCUAGGUAUACCAAGUUCCGCUAUCCAUAACAUGCACCUGACCACCGAAAAUUUGUUACCGUUGCUCAAAAAAAGAUGGGAUCCAGUCGAAGCCUGUCUAAUGCAAGAUAAACCGAAAACGUUACCGUCAAAUCCAGUUUUGGUAUUGAUGCCUAAUUCACCUUUUAUGACUAAGAGAAAUCAAAAAUGGAUGAAUUUGUUGUCACAUUUGGGUACCGUUGUGCCUAUUGUCAUAAACUUUGGCUCUACAAAUCUCAGAAUCACAAUAACCAAUUACCUUGACCAGAUGUUUUCCAUCACAAGAGGAAGAAUUCAAGAUGUAAGAGACAAUCACCCUGGAAGGCACAUUAUUUUGGUUGGUAUAGGUGUAGGUGCAACUUUAGCCCUGCAAAUGGCCCAAGUGGAAACCGUUUAUUGCGUUAUCAGUUUAGGUUUCUCGAUGCUGACAGCUGAAGGAAAACGAGGCGAACCUGAUGAUAGCUUAUUGGAAUUGCAAUGUCCGGUUCUAUUUGUGAUUGGUCAAUCUUCCAGUACAGCAUUUCAUGAAGACAUGGAAGAUCUGAGAGAACGAAUGAGAAUCACAACUGGACUAAUUGUUGUGGGUUCUGCUGAUAAUAAUCUCAUAGUUAGUAAGAAAAAGAGAAAACAAGAAGGGAUUACCCAGAGCAUUGUUGACAGAUGUAUUAUUGACGAAAUUGGAGAUUUUAUAGGCGGUUUGAUUCUAUCUCCAUAUCCACCUCAGAAAAGAGUAUCUCCCAACAACACUCCCGAUUUUUCCUCAAAAAGAGUCAAAAUGGAGCGGAAACGUUAUAAUUCCAAUACUAGCUCUCUUGAUAGUGAGCCUCCAUCGCCUACACCUAGAAUCACUAGACCAGUUGGUCGUCCGUUAGGCAAAACCAAAUGCAAACUCGACUCGAAAUGGACAGCUCAACCGACUAUAGGUACUUCCUCGUCUACCACCUCAAAUCCUGUACCCCGUCUCGUCGCCUUGCCCUCGUCUACUGCCACAACUAAUACUAAAUUGGUAACCACACCAAAUAAUAGUUCCAAUUCAUCCUCUGAAACAAUUUCUGCCACUGAAAGUCCAGUUUCUCCUAAUAAUCUUCCUCAAAAGGUUGAGGAGGUACGUAAAAUCCGCACCAUUUUACCAGAGAAAUCGCAGAAAAUUGUUUUCGGUGAGCCAGGAAACAAAGAACCAGCAAGAAUGCAGGCUCAGUCUUUAGGUAUGCCUAGUGGACAGUUGUUGAACCUUCUACAACAAGGCGGCAUAAAGAUAUCUCCUGUGCAAAAACCUGUGACGCCUUCAUCGUCUACAGUGAAAAUUCUGCAAAAUGUCCAACUAGCCAAACCAGGAUCAUCCAAGCUAAUAUUAAACCCAGCAGCAGGUCGCACUGCUCGUCCCUUUGACAUAUCCCAAUUGAAAUUACGACGUCCCCUUUCCGGUAGCAACAUGGUAUGCCUGGCAGAUGGAAAAGUUAAAGCGAUAACGCCUAGUCGGCCAAUAACAUCCAGCCAACCGAAUCCGCCUAGUCAACCAUCGACACCCACACGACCAAUUACACUAAAUCGACCAUUACCGGCCAGUCGACCGAUCAAGCAGAUGAUAGCGGCUCCUGGUGGUCAAUUUCUUUUGUCUGCGGCCCUCAAAGAACAAUUGAAACGAACCAACUUGGUAGCGACCAGGAGAUUACAAACUGCUAAUGCAACAUCUACAAAAGGGCAACCGAUGGUUCCGUUGCGUCAGCCCAUUAAAACUAAUUUGCCUGCACCGACUAACUUGUCGCACCAAGAUAUUAUGGAUUUGCCUAUUAUUUUUGCUGAGGACAAUGAGAUUUUGGAUUCUAGUAAUGUCUCUGCUGAUUCGUCAGACUCUACUAAAACUGUUCCCACUGUUACACCCACUACUGUUACUCAACCAAAACCACUACCAAAAUUGGUUCCAUCAUCAAACAACAAAUACCUCCUGAUAAACCGACCCACUACAAAAGGCAUGACCAAUUACGUUAUAACUUCCACCGCAACUAACACCAGCACCUCCUUGAAACGCCCACUCCUGACAUCGAGCACCCAACAACCACCGAAAUACACCCAAAUAGUUUUAACUAAAAAAUCGCUAGAGCCUCUUCCGGGAAACAUACCCAGUACCAGCUCACUGAAACCUCCAAUUCACACGAUGGAACUAGAGGAUUGCGAAAACGAAAUCGUAGCCACCAUGAUGAUGAAACCGAAUUCUCAGGAAAAAACUGUGACAAUGAUCAGUAAAAAGGGUAUGGAUCCUAGUGCCUAUGGAAAUGUUGAUAAGGACAAUGAGGAUCCUGAUUAUAUCCCGCCAAAGAAUUUGAAAUUGUAAUUUUAGUAUUCAUUUUAUUUUAGUUUGAUAUUUGUUAGAAACAGAUUAAUAUAAUUAAUUAAUUAAACCACUUUCAAUAAUCAAUUUACAUCAUUUCAGUCAAGUAAAAAUUAAAUUUUCUAAACUCACAGCAAGAGUAAUUAAUAAUUCUACGCACAACAAUCCUCUGUCAGAAUAUUACCAUUGGGAACUUUCCAGCCAAAAACAAAAUAGCCGCAUACUAAACCUAAAACGACUGCUAUGCAAAGGCCUCCAUUAUAAGUCAUGAAGACUAACAUAAGCAUGUAGCUGAAAAUUGCUUGGAUUCCAUGGAACAGUGUUUGGACUAGAUGAGCUUUGCUCAUUAUGGUUAAUCUGAA